AUGGCGGAGGGUGUUGUUGGGCUGGUGGUGGCGACGCUCGGCGCGGCGCUAGCGACAGAGGCGGCGUCCUUCGGCUGGUCGCUGGUCGCCAAAGAAGCCGCUGCCCUCAGGGACGUCUUCGGCAAGAUCCGCCGGUCCAAGGCGGAGCUGGAGAGCAUGCAGGCCUACCUGCACGAGGCGGAGCUGUUCAAGGACACCGACAUGACCACCGCCGUCUUCGUCGGCGAGAUCAGGCGCCUCGCCUUCCAGAUGGAGGACGUCGCCGACGAGUUCACCUACAAGCUGGAGGACUGCAAGCAUGGAGGGUUCGCCGGCAAGACCAGGAAGCGGCUCAAGCAUAUCAAGGCCUGGUACCGCCUGGCAGCGAAGUUCCAAGAAAUCGAAGCCAAGCUGGAAGAUGCCAAUCGGAGGAAGAAGUAUUACACCAUCAGACCUUCACCUGCUGCCAAAUCGACGAGUCAAGGUAAGGGUCUACACUUCACCAGAGAUGAGGAUCUUGUGGGGAUCGAGGAGAACAAGGGAAAGUUGGUGAAGUGGCUGACCCCUGGCGCCGGUGGUGAUGGCGAUGAUUUGGAGCAGAGCAGCAGCAAAGUCACCACGGUGUGGGGGAUGCCUGGUGUUGGUAAAACCACUCUCGCUGCUCAUGUGUACAGAACCGUCAAGUUGGAUUUUGAUGCCACGGCAUGGGUAACCGUGUCAGAGAGUUACUGUCUUGAAGACCUGCUGAAGAAGAUUGCCACUGCGUUCGACGUCGAAGUCGAUGUUGCCAAUGUUGAGAUGAGAGGCCUAGCAGAGUCCAUCCAUGACCACCUUCAAGGUAAAAAGUACAUCUUGGUCCUGGAUGAUGUUUGGACUCCGCUUGUGUGGUCAGAGAUAAGGAAUGUCUUCCCAACUUCAAACUGCAUAGGCCGAUUUGUUAUUACGUCAAGAAAGUAUGAAGUGUCACGCUUGGCAACUAGGGAGCAUGCAAUUCACUUGCAACCUCUAAAAGCACGUAACUCCUGGGUGUUGUUCUGCAAAGGAGCUUUUUGGAAUGAUGUUGACCAACGGUGUCCACCGGAGUUGCAAGAAUUGGCUUCAAAGUUCAUAGCAAAGUGUCAAGGCUUGCCUAUUGCUAUUUCAUGCAUUGGUCGCCUACUCUCCUGCAAACCCCAAACUCCCGCCGAAUGGGAGAACGUGUAUAGGGGUUUGGAUUCGCAGUUGGCAAAAGAUGUGAUGCCUGAUGCUCAUAUGAUCCUAAAGGUCAGCUUGGAGGACCUUCCGUAUGAUUUGAAGAAUUGUUUCUUACAUUGUGCACUAUCCCCAGAAGAUUAUGUAUUACAGAGGAGGAAGACAAUGAGGCAGUGGAUUGCGGCAGGAUUUAUCAGGGAAACAGAUGAGAGCAAAACAUUGGAGGAAGUGGCAGAGGGAUACUUGGUUGAGCUUGUGAACCGAAGCCUAUUACAGGUAGUGGAAAGGAAUUAUGCUGGAAGACUGAAAUGGUGUCGGAUGCACGAUGUCAUACGCCUUCUUGCCCUCAACAAAGCCAAGGAGGAAUGCUUUGGUAAAGUUUAUAAUGGCUCUGGUGGUACUAGGGCAUUCUCUGUAGAGGGUGCACGUCGCAUAUCGGUUCUUGGGGGGAACAUUGAACAACUGAGCCUAUCUGGUACAACACAACUUCGUGCGCUCCAUGUAUUUGAGAAGUAUAUCAAUGUUGAUUUGCUGAAGCCUAUCCUAACAUCUUCGAACCUACUGUCGACAUUGGAUCUGCAAGGUACCCGUAUCAAAAUGUUGCCUGAUGAGGUAUUCGACUUGUUUAAUCUGCGUUAUUUGGGCAUUAGAGAUACCGAGAUCGAAAGCCUACCUGAAGCAGUGGGGAGGUUACAAAACUUGGAAGUUUUGGAUGCUUUUGAAUCUAAGCUGAUGUAUUUGCCAAACAAUGUUGUGAAGCUUCGGAAGUUGAGGUACCUGUAUGCGUGCCCUCCUAGCACAUCAGAAGCUGUAAAUGUAGGCGGAGUCAAGGUGCCUAAUGGGAUGCAACACUUGACAGGACUGCAGGCUCUUCAGUUCGUCGAUGCCAGUCUAGAGUUUCUGCGUGAAGUUGGAGAUCUGACAGAGCUGAGAACAUUCGGUGUCUGCAACGUGAGAAGUGAACACUCUGCUGACUUGAGCAAUGCUAUCACCAGAAUGAGCCAUCUUUUUCAUCUCGAAAUUUGUGCUGCAGCUGAGAAUGAGGUGCUACGGCUGGAAGGGCUACAUUUACCUCCUACCCUUUCUUGGCUUGGUUUAACAGGGCAGCUAGAAAAAACAACGAUGCCUCAGCUUUUCUCUUCUUGGUCACACCUUGAUAGCCUCACUCGGUUAUACCUGGCAUUCUCCAGUAUUGAUGAGCAAACCUUUUCCGGUCUGUGUGUGUUACGGGGUCUACGCUUUCUUGCGCUAAGGGAGGCUUUUGAAGGGAAGAGGUUGGAUUUUUAUGUAGGAUCAUUUCCAAAACUUAAGCAUCUAUGGAUACAGGGCGCAGCACAGCUCAACCAAGUUGGAAUUGAGAAGGGUGCAAUGCAAAACCUGGUUGAGCUAUUUUUCGCAGACUGUCCAGAGCUAAAGUUUCUUCCUGAUGGCAUCGAACACCUUGCAGCCCUUGAGAGAUUAGGUUUGAAAGACACGUCAGAAGAGCUAAUAGAGAAACUCCGGCAGAACAGAGAUUCAGAUGAAUGCAGCGAAGAUGUAAUGAAGAUUAGCCACAUAAGGAAUGUUAUGGUUAUACUAAGCCAGAAAGGAGUCGGGGAAAAGGAUUAG